UAACAAGAUGCCUAUAAAAUCCAAUUUCCACAUGGAAUUUCCAACUAGGAAAAUUGAGGGGACUUGGUGAGCGAAAAUGGAGGGAAGGAGAGUGGUAGUCUCAGCUCUGCAAUUCGCUUGCUCCGACGAUGUUUCCACCAAUGUUAACACUGCCGAAAGGCUGGUAAGAGCUGCUCAUGGGAAGGGAGCAAACAUCAUUCUUAUUCAGGAACUGUUUGAAGGUUACUACUUUUGUCAAGCACAAAGGGAAGAUUUCUUUCAGCGAGCUAAGCCUCAUGAGGGCCACCCUACAAUAUUAAGGAUGCAAAAACUCGCAAAAGAGUUGGGGGUAGUGAUACCAGUUAGCUUCUUUGAAGAAGCAAACAAUGCCCAUUACAAUUCAGUAGCCAUAAUUGAUGCUGAUGGCACGGAUCUUGGACUCUACAGAAAGUCCCAUAUUCCAGAUGGACCAGGUUACCAGGAGAAGUUUUACUUUAAUUCAGGAGACACUGGCUUUAAGGUUUUUCAAACUAAAUUUGCAAAAAUUGGAGUUGCAAUUUGCUGGGAUCAGUGGUUUCCAGAGGCAGCCCGAGCUAUGGUUCUCCAGGGUGCAGAAAUAUUAUUUUAUCCUACUGCUAUUGGAUCUGAACCUCAAGAUACAGGACUUGAUUCUCGUGAUCACUGGACGCGAGUGAUGCAAGGGCAUGCUGGGGCCAAUUUGGUACCUCUAGUUGCUUCAAACCGCAUUGGGAAGGAGAUCAUCAAGACUGAGCAUGGAAACAGUGAGAUCACAUUCUAUGGCAACUCUUUUAUAGCAGGACCCACUGGAGAAAUUGUUGCGUCUGCUGAUGAUAAAGACGAAGCUGUUCUUGUAGCCCAAUUUGAUCUUGACAAGAUCAAAUCCAAGAGACAUAGUUGGGGAGUAUUUCGUGAUCGGCGUCCAGAUUUAUACAAGGUACUUCUGACAUUAGAUGGCAGCAAUCCCAAACUUUGAUCUUACAUAUCUUAUCCUAUCAGUAUCUUUUUGUUGUGUUGCUGAAUAGAAUUACUUCUACAACACUUCCUAUUCUCAUGGGAAAUAGGAAACAUAGCAUGUUGAUUGUGUUUGUGUCAAAUGCUACGUGUAGCAUUUUAAACAUAUGCCUGCUUUUGGACCGUCCAAUAUCAAAUUUUUGUUUCCAGUAAUAGAUCAAUAUGUGGUGAUCCAAAAUAUCAAUCAUUCAUGUUACCCUUUUGAUAUCUCAGCUAUUACUUUGUUGACUCUUGGACCUUGUUCUUCUGCUGGCAUGGUAUUUAUUAAAUAUAUGAGGUGUUUUAUUACAGUA